GAUGGACAACUUCACAGAAGACUUUAUCGACAACACCAGCGCCAGGAACCUUCCGGCUUACGGGCUGCGCUAUAACCGGACGUUUUACGAUCCGGGCGCCAAGGAAUACAUUUUCGCUACUUUCUGUGGAGUCAUCUUGCUGAUCGGGGGCGUCGGCAACUCGCUGGUUAUCUACAUCGUGGCCCGCUACAGCGAUAUGAGAACCGUCACCAACUAUUACAAGGUCAACCUGGCCGUCACCGACCUGGCUUUUCUGGUCUGCUGUGUCCCCUUCGCUACUAUCAAGUACCUGACGUACGACUGGAUCUUCGGAAAAACCAUGUGCACCUUCGUCCCCUACAUGACAGAGGUAUCAGUCCUGGCUACGUGCAUCACGCUUGCAGUGCUGAGUAUUGACCGCUACUGCGCCGUUGUACACCCGCUCCGCUCCAUCAACUUCCGCACGCCCAAGGUGGCCGCAAUUAUCAGUGGCUGCACAUGGAUAGGUUCCUUCCUCAUUGCCCUGCCCAUUGGUAUGAACCUUCAGCUCAUGGAAGUCGUCUGGUUGGAUUCCACUGAAUAUUUAUGCCGUCCUAAAUGGCCUACUCUAUCAGCACGGAAAAGCUACACGCUGUACACCUUCCUCAUCACCUACGUCAUCCCGCUGCUCAUCUGCACCGUCAGCUGCUCCCUCAUCGUCCGCAGCAUCCUCAACCGCUUCAGCAUGGACCACGCCCAGGAGGCGGACGUCGACGCCCAGCUGGCCCGUCGGACAUCCUGCAUGGUGGUGGGUGUGGUGGUUCUCUUUGCCGUUUGUUGGCUGCCAAUUCAAAUCACUUUCAUGUGGUAUGAGUUUGGGACAGGUUUAUCAGAAACAACCUACUGGCUACAAGACGUUGCAAAAAUUCUCUGCUAUUCCAAUUCUGCGGUAAACCCUUUCGUGUACACCCUGUUAGGGAAAAACUACCGACGAUGUAUCAAGCUGUCCUUCCCAUGUCUGUUCAGACAGGAACGCCCCAAACAGGGUUCGUUUGUUACAUUCAGUGCCAAAGACGCAUCUACUGAAGCUGUAACGAUGAGUUGCUUUGAUGAACAAAAAGAGCACGACGCGAAAACUGGUGUUUGAGUAUGGUUAAACAGUCCGUAAACGUUACUCUUUCUCUCUUUUAAACGGCCCUUUUCCGU